AUGCGUUUCUCCACGCCCACCGUUUGGGCCAUUCUUCUCGCCCUUUCGGCCACUGGCCAGGCUUCCGCCCGUCUCACUCAGCGCGGACCCAACGGCCGCCUGGUCGCCAGGGAUGACUACGCCGCCGCUGCCGCUGCCACCGCGUCGCCUUCCUCCUCGGGCUCCGGCACGGCCGCCGCCCCUACCUCGGCGAGCUCGGCCGCCACUACCUCGGUGAGCUCGACCGCCUCUACCACGGUGACCUCGGUCGCCCCUACGUCCUCGCCUACCGACGAGGAGGACUGCGACGAGGAGACCUCGUCGACCGCGACGGCCGCCCCUAAGCCCACCGACGCCGAGGAGGACUGCGAUGAUGAGGAGACCUCGACCACUGGCAGCCCCGCCCCCAAGCCCACCGACGCCGAGGAGGACUGCGAGGACGACGAUGGACCUUCCCACACUGCCAGCCCUGGCCCCAAGCCCACCGACGAUGGCGACGACGAGGACUGCGAGGACGACGAGGGAGCUACCCCCACCACCAGCCCCGGCCCCAAGCCCACCGACGGUGGCGGUGACACUGGAACCUCCCCCACCACCAGCCCUGGUCCUAAGCCCACCGACAACGGUAACGGUGACGAUGAGGACUGCGACGAGGACGACGAGGACAUUCCCUGGUGCGACGAGGGUGAGGGUCACGAGGACCCCGGCACCGACGGCAAGCCUGGCACCGACGGCCAGCCUGGCACCGACGGCAAGCCUGGCACCGACGGCCAGCCCGGCACUGACGGCAAGCCCGGCACUGACGGCAAGCCUGGCACCGACGGCCAGCCCGGCACCGAUGGCAAGCCCGGCACUGACGGCAAGCCUGGCACCGACGGCCAGCCCGGCACCGAUGGCAAGCCUGGCACCGACGGCCAGCCCGGCACCGAUGGCAAGCCUGGUACUGAUGGCAAGCCCGGCACCGACGGCAAGGACGGCGAGGACUGUGGCAAGACCGUCACUGUCACCGUCACCGAGACAAAGACUGUCACUGCCGACCCCCAGCCUACCCCUGGCACCGACGGCAAGCCUGGUACCGACGGCCAGCCCGGCACUGACGGCAAGCCCGGUACCGAUGGCAAGCCUGGCACUGAUGGCAAGCCUGGCACCGAUGGCAAGCCUGGUACCGAUGGCAAGCCUGGCACCGACGGCACCCCUGGUACCGAUGGCAAGCCUGGCACUGAUGGCGGUGACGACGAGGACUGUGAUGACGAGGAGGAGGGAAGCGGCAAGGACGGUGACGACGAGGACUGCGAGGAGGAGGAGGGAAGCGGCAAGGGUGAUGACGACGAGGACUGCGAGGAGGAGGACGACAAGGAGGAGGAGGACUGCGAUGAGGACGAGACUGUCUCUCACUCCGUCCCUGCUUCCUCUGGCCAGGCUACCGUUGCCCCCACCACCGCCGCCCCUACUACCACCGCUGCCCCUACCACCACUGCCGCUCCUUCCGGCGUCGCCGCCACCACCACUGGUGGCUACGGCGGCUACCGCCGCUUCUGGCGCUCGUAA